AUGGUCACCAAACUAGUUGUCCCAGUCUUGAUUUUCCUCCUCUUCCAGUACUCAUAUUCAGCAAAGCUAACAUAUAACGUCCUAAGUUUUGGAGCCAAAGCCAAUGGCAGCUUAGACUCAAGAAGUGCAUUCCUAAAAGCAUGGGGUUUGGCCUGUAAUUCAACAGAUCCCGCCACCAUCUAUGUACCCAUUGGCAGGUACUUGAUUGGUUCUGCAAUCACAUUCUCCGGCCAAGCAUGCAACGCCCAAGUUUGGAUUAAGUUUUACCGGACUAACCAUGUUACCAUCUCCGGUGGAACCCUUGAUGCCCAAGGUUCUUCUCUAUGGGCCUGCAUAUCCUCUGGAAAGACAUGUCCUAAAGGAGCAACGACACUUGGCAUCUACCAUUCCCAAAACAUAGUGAUCAGUAAUUUAAGGUCAUUAAACAGCCAAAUGUUCCACAUCCUGUUAUAUGCAUGCACCAAUGCCAAGCUACAAGGGGUUAGCAUCUCAGCACCCGGGCUCAGCCCUAACACAGAUGGUAUCCAUUUAUCAUCUUCCACAGACGUCAGCAUCUUGAAUUCUAAGAUCUCCACAGGCGACGACUGUAUCUCCAUUGGCCCCGGAAAUUCUAAUGUCUGGAUAGAGAAGGUGGUGUGUGGACCCGGUCAUGGCAUCAGCAUCUGGAGUCUAGGUUGGGACGUAAUAGAAGCGGGUGUUCAGAAUGUUACUGUAAAAACUGCAACAUUUAUAGGUAGUGAGAAUGGUUUAAGGAUAAAGACAUGGGCAAGACUUAGCAAUGGAUUCGUGAAGGAUGUUGUUUUCCAGCAUGCAAGUAUGGUGAACGUAAAAAAUCCGAUACUAAUAGAUGCAAAUUACUGCCCAAACAAUGAGAAUUGCCCCAAUCAGGUUUCAGGAGUAAAGAUCAGCAACGUGCUGUAUGAGGAUGUACAUGGAACAUCAGCAACACUGGUGGCAGUGAAAUUUGAUUGUAGAAAGGGGAAGCCAUGCACUAAUAUCAGACUAAAGGAUGUUAACCUCAAAUAUGGGGGUCAACCAGCAGUCUCCUCUUGCUCCUAUGCUGCUGGUACUGCUUCUGGAUUACUUCAGCCUACAAGUUGUUUCUAA